ACAGAUCAUAGAUGGUACCAACGUCUCAGUUUUGCUUGAUGCAUGGUUAUCACAAAUUAUCAAAUAUAUUUAUAUGUAUAUAAUCGUAUCAUUGCUUGAAGCAUUUAUGAUUACUGUACAAUAGAUUGCGAGAUAUAGGUUUUUCGAAUUUAAUGUGCGAGUGAAUUUCUGCCGGAAACUCGCGAAACAUGACGAGUGCCGUAAUAACAGAUGUACAGCAACCCGAUUAUCCCAAGUAUCAAAGACAGGGAGGACUGGAGUUGACUCCAGAGGAGAUAAACGCCUUACGUCAAUGUAUGAAAAACUCGAGUAUUCUUGCGCCGUCAAUCAUCUCUGCAGCCAUAGGAUAUGGGAUAUGUAAGAUAACUCCAUUUCGCGCAAAUGCCAAAUAUGUCGCCAUAGUCAGUGGCGUGGUAGGUCUGAUAACAGGUAGAAUAAGCGCUGCCAAAUCGUGUCUGACAAAAGUCGCUUCCAUGCCGAAUAGUACUCUUCGAGACAGAAUGAUGGAAUCGGGUUAUUUUGGAAAUGUUGCUCCUCAGAGAGAGACAUUAUAUUAUCGAGGUUCUCAAUCAUACGAUACAUAUUCCAGUAUCAAUCCAGAUAACAGUGAUUUCAAUGUCUCCGAGGAUACGGAUUUGUCCGAACCGAUAAAUAUACAAAAAGGGGUCAGUUACGAAGAAUUGAGGCAUCAAAAUAGAGAUGAGUUCUAUAAGAAACAUAAACAGUGGUAUACUCCCAAAACAAGAGAAUUUCCAGUGAAAGAGACAAGCGAACAGGUUCCCACAACCAGUACCAGUAACCGAUCACCAAUGCAAGAGAAAACUAAAUACGGUGACGUGUGGGAUUGAAAUUUAAUUUCGUUGGAGGAUAGAGUUUGAUGAUCUUCGCGUAUUAUGAAUAUUAUAUGUAUAUAUAUCAAUAGAUGGCACUGCAAAUGUGAUAAGAGAGUUCGAAUUUUACUAAAAAUAUGAAUAAAAUAAACGAUAAAUAAAUCACG